UAGAAAUAAUGCAAUCUCCAAAAAUUUUGGCAGACAACUAAGUAUACAGAAUAGUUGAUAAAAGACAAAUUCUAUGAUUGAAACGCAUACAUCAAAGCUAGAUUAGUAGUACUAGAUUUUUUAGUUAAUUGGGAUAAAAAUUCCUAGAAGAAAAACUUAAUGAAAAUUGCUAGAAGAUUUUCAUAGAAAAAUGACCCCAAGCUUUUGAGUCUACCUUUUCGCAAUAAGUGAAUGUGAUUGAAAACACUGCCAAAAAUAACCGACAAUCUAGUUCGAAAUAGAGUGGAGGAUACUUACAAUAUGACAUUGCGAAAUUGUCUAAAUAUUAUAGAAAUACAUAUAUCAUAACAUCAAAAUAUAAAAUCAUAAAAUUCUAUGGAGUUUUAUCUAUAGAUAACAGUCCAAUAUAAUACAUAGGUACAUGAAAAGUUAUCGAAACACUUUGUUUAGAGGAAUUCUCAUUAUGAAAGUAUAUGGACUAUAAUGAAGAAUUAAAAAUGUUUUAAUUAAAAUAAAUAAAUAAAUAAAAUUAAAUCAAAAAACAAACUGAAAAUGAAAUCAAUUCCUUUAGUAUUAUCUUCUUCAAAUUAACGCAAAAUUUCAUGUGUAGGGAUCCAAAGAUUAAUUUUCUGUUCUUACAGAAAUUUUUCGAAAAGAAAAUUCAAAACCGUGUUGUAACUUUGUUACGGAUAGUAUUUAAUGUUCAAUUCUAUUUUCAUUUUAUUCUCCAAUAAGUUGAAGAACUUUAAUGCUUCAAUAUAAUAUUUUACAACACAGGGCAUUAUUGUUCGAUUCUACUAUAUGUAUUAUAAUCAUAAGAAAAAUUUAGUCUGUGUACAUACAUAUUUUUUUAUUUUAUCAACGAUUAUCAAUCUACAAAAAUUGAUUUAUUUGUAAUAUAUUACCAAUUUUUUUCAAUACACUGUUGACUGAUAUGUAAUAAUUUUAAGAACAGCUAAUAUCAGUCUAAAAAAUACAAGCACAAAUAGCUUUAUGCAUAAAAUGAAAAAAAAUUAUUUUUUAAUAAUCAUGUAUUUAUUUUUUUAUUUAUUAAUUUUUUUCAGAUAUCAAAACUGGAGAAACUAUUAAUGUUAAUUUAUGCUUAUAUUUCUCCAGUUUUUUGUUAAGUCAAUCAAUAUGAAAUGAAAAAACAAUUCCGAAAAAGGAUGAUCUGCUGAACGGAAUGAAAAAUAUUCAGAAAAAAUUUGUUACCAAAUUUUCGGUUAUGCUUAGUUUAUUCAUCAACUCAUGAAAUGAAUAAUAAUAAUUUAUAACUAGAAAGAUUUUAUCCGUUAAGAAAUAUAUACGGUAGAGCAUUGUAUUACUGGAAAAAUGAUUUUGAAGAUAUUGGGAUUCAUUUUUCAUAUAAACAGUGUCUCAAUAAACCAAGGAUGGUAAUGUUGACAAGGAAUAGAAAAAAUGAAUUAAACAUAAGGAUGCAUUCGAAAAUUUAAAAAUAAAAUCUGUCAUAAAUUGUUAUCAUACUUCAAAUGGGUUUAUGCUCCUAUUUAUAGGGCACGCUAAGGAAUUGUCAAAAUCGUUGGAUGCCGUUGAUAAACGUAGGGCAGGCACUUUUAGUACUUGUUCACAACGAACGAAAGCCUUAGAUUCCCUUCACACCAUAGGGUUUUCACCGUCGUGUGUUUACCCGAUGUCCCAAGUUACAUUGAUAUAAUGGGAUCUUUCACACGUGUUCCGUUUCAGUUUCGUACCGGAAAACAACCGGUGCUCGAUGUGCCCACCGUACGGAUAAAACCCGAUGAAUAAUUUUUCAUCCGGUUGUUUUCCAGUAAAACCCUUGGUUGAAAGGAGUCUAACUCUUUAUUAUUAUUAAGCUGUUAAUUUCAUGAUUCAACGUGAACUCAAAAUUGAACUAUCUUCUUUGGGAUAUUACCCAGACAGAGAGGUUGUCUCUGGAUAUUACUACUAUAUUGCACUUAUUACCAAAGGCGCAUGCGAAGGAAGAGAAACGAACGAUUUUGACAACUCGUUGUGAUGCCAAUUCAAAAGGGUUCGUUGUUUGGAUUGACAGAAAAUCGCAAACCUAACCGAAGGUUACCGGUAAGGUAAUUGUGUAAGGAAAAUACUACUCGUAAUUUUGUGGAUUACUUUUCGGUAAUUCUGAAAUGUUUCUUAAAUCCAAUAAAUUAUUUAACCAACUGUAUUCAGAUGACUAAUGCUCUACUGUUGCUCCAUGAAUUCUCAGAAUAUGGAGUUUCUCUGUUAUGUCUUGAGGAAUAUUUUUUUUGUGUAAGAAUUGUAUGUUUGUUCAGGAGUGUUUGUUCAGUAUAUUCACUAUGUUGUUACAACAAUUCAGGACUAUAGGUCGGAAUACACCUUAUAUUUGAAACGAAAAGGAAUUAGUAUAUAGAGGUAUACGUAAUUCAUCAAAAGCAUUGAAAAUUAAGACUCGAGUUUAUUUUUUCUCUCAAUGUUGAUAUUGAUUCAAAAAACUUGAGAAAACUUAUUAUUUACCUUUUUGAGUGGUUUAUAUGAAAUCUUCAUCUGUCUUCAACUUUCAAUGUUUAAAAUAUAUUUUCGAAAUGCUACCCUGAAUGGUAAAAAUGAAAACAUAUUUGAAUAUGAGGAACCAUUGACCCAAAAAUGACUAAGAGCUGCUAAAAUAUAGUUAUAUGUACCUUGGAGAAGUUUGUCGAUAGGUUUUGUCUGAAGGUUUAGUGGAUGUUUAAAUUUCGAAUUUACAGUCAAUUCAUCAAAUGCUUUAUAGAAGUGUGCGUGCAUGAAUGUUUUUCUUUCUGAAAUCGUGAUGGCUAAGUGCUUAACUGUGGGUAAACAUAAUACACUUAUGUUUCUCUCAAGAUUGAUGUAUGUACCGAUGUAUGAUGCACGUUUAGAUGUUAGUUUUUUUUUAUAUUGUAUGCAUAACGAUAAUACGAGUAGUGUAUGUUAAGAGUGUGUCCAAAAAAUAUCAGAAAGAAAAAAAAAUUACAUAUUGUGUUAUAAUUCAAAAAAAGAAUGAAAAGUUACAAAAAUGUUGAAAAUAAAUUUAAUUAUGUUGAAUCUGUGUAUUCAUCCGAGUAAACGACCCGAAUCUAAUCUUAUCUCCUUGCCUUUCGUGUACAAAUGUUUGUUGAGGUCAGUGUUGCUUGUUCCAUUGUGUGUUCCGUCAAGUCAAAAUGUUAGGUUUCCGUGAAUUGUUUAGAAAACAACAUUCACUAAUAGCAAUGGUUCAUGUUGAUGCGUUACCAGGAACUCCACGAUAUAAUACCUGUAUGGAAAGAAUUGUGGAGAAAGCUUGUAAAGAGACGGAAAUCUAUCUUCAGAAUGAUGUUGAUGGAAUUCUCAUUGAGAAUAUGCAUGACGUACCUUACAUUAAACAUGAAAAAUUUCAACCAGAAACGGUAGCAUGUUUAAGUAGAGUUUGUGCGGAAAUCAAGAGAAUCAUUCCGGCUACAUUACCUUGUGGCUUACAAGUUUUGGCGGGAGGAAAUAAAGAGGCUCUUGCCAUUGCCAAAGCUUGUUCACUAAACUUCAUCAGAGCAGAAGGAUUUGUAUUUGGUCAUAUCGCUGACGAAGGAUAUAUUGACGCAGACGCAGGAGAAAUUAUGAGAUAUAGAAAAUAUAUCGAGGCUGAUAACGUAAAAGUCUUCACUGAUAUUAAGAAAAAGCAUAGUUCACACUCAAUAACUGCAGACGUAUCACUUGUGGAAACUGCGAACGCAGCUCAUUUCUUUCUAUCCGAUGGAGUAAUUUUAACAGGAACCUCUACAGGAUCCCCGGCGGACGCAAGUGACCUAGCAGAGUUAAGAAAUCACUGUAACUUGCCUAUAUUGAUAGGUUCUGGUGUGACAGCAGACAACUUGAAAAGAUAUAAAUCAGCCAAUGCGUUUAUUGUAGGAUCUUAUUUCAAAAGGGGUGGCGUAUGGUGUAAUGAUUUGGAUGAGAACCGAAUUAAAAGUUUGUAUAACCAUGAACGAGGAAAGAAGUAAUAAUCCUCAACCAAAUA